UGACUAACGCAUGCGUAGUCAAACGUAAACACAUGUGAGGUUUAUGGGUGUUGAAUCAUGGGAAUAACGUGGUGUUAGUGUCACACCUACCUACAGUAACCCAGUAAAGUGCCCCAAAGUUGUGAUCGAAAAUGUUGAUAGUUUUAUUCAUCCCCCUGUUCAUAGUGGCGUUAGCAUUACGCCUGAUAAAGCAACGAACCCCCAAAAGCUUAGAUAAACGACACGUUGUUAUUACAGGAGGUUCCAGUGGAAUUGGCAAAAGUACAGCUAUUCAAGCCGCCAGAAAAGGCGCAAACGUUACUAUAAUUGCCCGAAAUUUGGACAGACUAUCAGCGGCUGAAAAAGAAAUCAGGGGAGCUUGCAUUCACAAAGACCAAAUAAUCACAGCUGUAUCGGUGGAUGUUUCCAAUAAAACCAGCAUCCAGAAGGAACUGACCAACGUUGAGGAAAAAGUGGGCCCAAUUUACAUGCUGGUCAACUGUGCCGGAAUGGCGAUUUGUGGCAAAGUUGAGGAUUUCACAGAACAAGACGUUAAAACACUGAUCAAUGCCAAUUAUUUGGGUACUCUGUACCCUAUUCAAAGUGUAGUACCGAGAUUCAAAGACCGGCAAGAGGGAAUUAUCGUGCUAACAGCCUCACAAGUGGCCCUAAUGGGCAUGUACGGGUACUCAAUUUACGCCAGUUGUAAAUUUGCGUUGCGAGGACUUGCCGAGUCACUCAGCAUGGAACUUAAGCCCUACAACGUCUCCGUAACCCUAGCCCUACCUCCCGACACCGACACUCCGGGAUAUGAGAAUGAAAACAAGACUAAACCGACUGAAACACAACUAAUAUCUGAGGCCGGCGGUCUGCUUAAACCAGAAGUUGUAGCUGAGAAACUCCUCAAAGAUGCCUUGACACAGAAAUUUUUCAGUUACGUGGGGCUUGAGAGUUAUAUUUUGACCACGUUAUGUGUCGGAAUGACACCCUGUGCUGACUUACUCGAACUUAUGAUUCAGUCGGUUCUUUUAGGGCCAUUGCGACUCAUUGGCGCUUACUAUUUACGCACAUUUCAUAGUAUUAUUCAAAGGUGUCACCUACAGAAGCAAAAAGAAAACUGAAUAUCUGUUGUAAAUUAGCAAAAUAAAGUAUUUGUUCUGUAAAAA